AUGGUUAGGAAAGAGGAUGUGGAUUUCUAUUGCGGGUUUUCGAGGAAAGAGCUUCAGAGUUUGUGCAAGAAGUAUAAUUUGCCGGCUAAUAGAUCGAGUUCUGAUAUGGCUGAAUCAUUGGCUUCUUAUUUCGAGAAAAAUAGUCUGAACUCGGUAGGCUUUGGUGUCGCUGGAAAUCAACUUAGUUCAGCUACGACAUCUAGAGCGCCAGCGAGUAAAACAUGGGACGUGCAAAGAGAUAAUUUUGGUAAUGAAUUGGAUAUAACUAGAGGGGAUUGUGUUCAAGGUGCAGUGGCUAGAGAACCAGGCUUAUCACAAUAUCAGGAACAAAAUGGAAAUGGUGGUUUGAUUGAUUCUGCAUGUAUGAGGAAAUUGAAUGGAAAGGGCCUAACAGAAAACUCCAACAAAGAUGUUUUGUGGAGAACGGAUUCUCUGGUAGAAAAUAGAAUGAGAGAGGUAGAUAGUGGUGAUAGUCCUAGUUCGUCUUCGUUUGAGUUCCAUGUCAGUUUGGAAGAGGGUAUUAGCCUUUCAGUUGAUCUAGAUUUCAAUCCAUCAGACUGGAUUAAUAGCAUGAGAGAUGAGGUCAAUGUAUGUGACAGUAUGCGUCGCAAAAAAUCACCACAUUCUGAUCUUAGCAUUAAUAAUGCUACAGAGUGUAAGAAACAGAAGAGUUCAGAGCAAGACAAAGAUGGGCAUCUAAGGAGAUCUUUAAGUCCGGCAAUGAAAGACAAUACCCAGUUACCUUCUGAUCAUCAUUCCAACGGUGAACAGUUUCUAACGUCAUCUGCUAUAGAACCAUGCAGCAGAAUCAAAGAGGGAUCAGACACUUGCAAGGAACAAAAUGGGCUUAACUUGUCCAUUCCUGAUUCUGCAGGACCUGGCCAGAUUGUAUCAUCUUGUGUUGAAUCGUAUAGCAAAAGCUGCUGUGUAAAUCCAGUUGACUUGGACUGUGUUAAUCCUCCUGGGAAGAAGUUGACAAGCGACUCUGUUACGGUUGCUGCAGAACCGAAUCAUCCAGCUACUGACCUCUUUAAUGAAAUUCCGAAAAAUCCAUCCAUGGAAAGUCUUCAAAAGGUCUCAAGUACUGUUAUAUGUCCACGGGGAGCUGGUUCUGAAUUAUCAUCAUCAGAAGCAGAGGCUUAUCACUCAAACCUGCCUUGUAAGACCAGUAGAUCCUCAACUAUCUCUUCUCCAGAGCUCAUCAUCGACAGGGAGUCCACUAGUUAUUCUGAAUCAUUCAAGUUCCGGUAUAAUGGAGGCAAGAACUGUCUGGCACCAAAUACUGAGGAGCAGGAAAAGAGCGAAGUUUUAAGUGAGCGGGCACGGUCAGAGUGA